AUGGCUGAGUGUGUGAGAGAAUUUGAAUGUGUGAAUUCUAGACUGAUGUGGAUUAGACUGAAAGUGGGACUGAUGCGCAUAUUUGUGGUAGGCGUUUACGCUCCAGUAGACCAGGGUGCGAGGAUCUCACAGUGCGUUCAGAAUGACAGGCAGAUAUUUUGGGAUGAAUUAAGAGAGGUUUUGAAAGUAUGUAAGGGGAAUGAAAGAAUGAUUUUGUUAGGUGAUUUCAAUGGCUGGGUAGGAAUAAAACGGGACGGAUUUGAAAAGGUUCUUGGAAUGCACGGUGACAAAAGAGUAAAUGAGAAUGGGAGAAGCUUAUUAGAGAUUUGCCAAGAGUGGAACCUUUGUGUAACAAACACGAUGUUUGACCACAAAAGGAUACAUUUAUACACUCGUGAGGCGGAGAAUGUAAGGAAAAGUGUGAUUGACUUUGUGAUAGUGGAUGAAAGAAUUAGGAAGAAUGUUAUCGACUCCAGGGUGUAUCGAGGGUCGGGUAUCCAUACUGACCACUUCCUGGUGAUGUGCCGAUUAAGAGGCUUGUUUAAAGGAUGGCGACAACGGCCCCGUGCAGUUACUGCAGAUUUAAAAAGAAUAAAAGUGGAGAAUUUGCAAGAUGAAGGAGUCAAUGAUGAGUAUAAGAGUAGAUUAAAAACCGAAUUUGAAGGUAUGGAUGAGAUUAGUGAGACUGAACAUUUGUGGAAUAGUUUUAAAAAUAAAGUAGUAAGUGUGGCAAGUGAAGUAUGUGGAGUAAGUAAGAGGCACAAAGGAAAAAAGGAGAAGAAUGUUUGGUGGGAUCAAGAAGUGCAAGAAGCAGUGUGUGAGAAGAAAAAGUUGUGGUUGGAUUGGUUAGCCACAAGAGCUAACCAAAGAAAUCACACAGCUUCAUUUGACGAAGUCAGUGAAGCGAAAAAGGAAUAUAGAAGAAUGAAAGUGUUAGUGAAAGAAUUAGUCGACAGAAAGAAAGGCGAACAGAAAGAUAAAAUGGAGGAAAGGCUGUCUCAAGAUUUCCAGGCAAAUAUAAAGUUUUUCUGGAAGUCCAUUCGUUUGGCCAGGGGUAACACUCAGAAUUCUGAGCUAAACUCAAUUAAAGACAAGAAUGGAAGAUUAGUGAAUGAGGAAGAAUGUAUCUUAAAAAGAUGGAAGGAGUAUUUUGAAAGUUUGUUUGAUAGAGAAGAGGCAAACACGCCAAUUUCGGAUUUGAAUGAAAGCAUUGAAUAUGUGUCGGAGAAUGAAGAUAGUAUUAGCAUGGAUGAAAUUGUGAAAGCGCUGAAAGGAAUGAAAUCAGGAAAGGCUGCAGGAUAUGAUAAAGUUUCUGUCGAGAUGCUGAAAGCUGGACAGGGCAUUGUAGCAACUCAGAUGUAUCGCCUUUUCAAUAUGUGCUUUAGAACCGGCCAAGUGCCCAGGGACUGGUGCAAGGCUGUCAUUGUACCUCUUUACAAAGGAAAGGGAUCACAACUGGAUUGCAAAAACUACAGAGGCAUUAGCUUACUCAGCGUCGUCGGCAAAUUGUAUGCAAAGAUAUUGAUUGAAAGAGUAGUGAAAGAAACCGAUGAGAAAGCCUCUCCAAAACACUCGGAUAAAGGGCUACAGGAGCGCUGUGCACUUGGGACGGAGUGGACAGAAGGUUCGGCGGCGGAAGAACCACAAAGUGGGUCAUCGGCGGCGUUCCGGCUUUUCAGAAAAGCCUCGUCCUCGGCGUCAGGUGGCAACCGGCCGUAA